AUGUGUAUAUCUCAUACUACUACUAUGUGUUGUAAUAAUGCCAUUGCUGUUUUGAAAAAACAACAACAACAACCAAGGAAUUUUUUUCUUUUAGCUUUAAGAUCUAUAUUAUCACUUGGUGGUGGGGGCACUAUUUCCAACAAUACCAUUCCCUUGGGAAAAUGGGCUGAAUUGGUUGGUUUUCCCGCUGUUAAUAAUGAUACUAAUUCUGAAUCCGUAACAGAUUUUCUAACUGAUAAUGGUAUUUUAUUGGCUGCUCCAAAAAAGAAGGUCUCCCAUCAAAAGAAAAGGCAAAAGGCCAUAGCACCAGCCAGAAAGCAAUUGAAAUUUAUUCACCAUCUAAAUAAUUGUCCAAGUUGUGGACAUUACAAGAGGGCAAAUACUAUAUGCAUGUAUUGCUUUGGUUCUGUCCGUCAUUUGUGGAAAUCAUUCACAAGAAAAGAAUUAAAAGAACCUAUUCAAGAACAAGAAUUGAGUGAUUUGGAUAAAAAAAUUAUAUAUCCUGGUAGGAAAGAGACCGACUAUACAAAGAAAUUGAAAGAUAAAGAUAGUUAUUUAGAACGUCGUAUGAGGACUUUACCUGUUGAAGGAAAGGAGUAA